AUGGUGCCAGUGCACGGCGUGCAGGGCGCAGAGGUGCGCCAGGAUGCCGCGGAGGUGCGGAAGAGGUGCAGCGAGUGUCGACGCGAAAAUAAACAGCAUUUAGAGGUCGAUCCGCCCUGCCGUGACACACGGUGCGAGCACCGCGUCCGACGCGGCACUCCCCGGCGUAGCGCCCGGCGGUCGCUCGGCUCGGGACGAGCUGGGCCUCCGCUACAAGUGGCCGUCCGGAUUGGUGACGACCGGGAAGCUUUAGAGGCCGGUCAAUAUCGGGUGCAUAAUUGUGAGAUAGGAGCGACGGGAGCGCGCGCAGCACGUGAGCGCGACACAUGCGCGCUGGGCACGAUCGAUGCGCGGUGCGCUGGGCGCGCUGGGGGCUCACCUGGCCUGUCGCGGAGCCGCGCGGCGGCGGGCGGCUCGCCGGCCACGCCGGCGCUAGCGCGGGCGCGGGCGCGGCAUGCGGCGAGCGCGCGGCCAACAAGUGACGCGGGAGCGAGGGCUGCACGGGGACGGGCCGCGGUCGGGGCGCGACUGACGCGACCGAGCGCCGCGCGCCUCCGCGCCCCGCCCGCGCCUGCGCUCGUCGCACGCUCCGCGCCGCCGCCGCCCGCCUCUGCCUCCACGCUGCUCCGCUCCACUCUGCCGGAGCCGUGCGGAGCGCAACGAUAUGAAUGGAGGCGCAAACAUGAAUCGAAAGAGCUCGUCGAAAAUAAAUAA